UGUUAAAAAAGUUUUAAUUAUUUUUAUUUAUUUCAUUAACGUGAAAUAAAGAAAUGAGUUCCAAUAUUUUAACUGUGUGGGAAUUGCUCUUGUGCUUGAUUUGGAAGAAUUGGUGUGUCCAGUGGAAGAAUUGGCAUACUGUACUAUUUUGCAUACUCACACCCACUUUUUUUAUGACUAUACCAAUAGUAAUACGUUGCAUGAUUAGCUGUGAAAAUUUCCCAACUAUUAUAUAUGAACCAGUUGAUUUAAAAGAAUCAUGGAGCAAUCUAUUAAGUGUGCUAUCAAAUCGCAAUUACAAAUAUUUCAAUGUUUCACGGACCAACAGUUUCAACGUAUAUGUCCCUCAAAUGAUAAUUGCUUAUGCACCCAAUACAUACAUUUUAUUUAAUAAAAUAAUGAAUCACGCAAUUAUGUCUUUAGGAGGUAUGGAUUUGAUUGGAUAUAGCUCUUGUGAACUUCUCUAUAAUGCCAUGCAAACUAAAUAUUAUUUCGCUGGAGUUUGUUUCGAUGAAAAUAUUUUUCAGUCCAAUACGGACGAAAUACCAAGUCAACUUAAUUAUACACUGUUGUAUCCAAGUGAACUACGUUUCUACCAUGAUACAUAUAUAACGUCCAACUGGAAUACAAAUAUUUUAUUUAAUUUUGUAACUCCACCGGAUAGUCGUGUUGGUAGAGACAAAACUGGCGGCUACGUUGGAUACGUUCGUGAAGGUUUUAGUUCCCUACAACAUCAAAUAUUUCUAUCAUAUAUGAAUCUUGAUUCUGUAGUUGAAGAACUAAAAGAGACAUUUAAUGGAGUAACUCGUAUUCCAGACAUAUUGCUGCAUCGAUUUCCAUAUCGUGCGCAUACAGUUGACAAAUUUUUGAAUGGGAUUAAGAGCAGUUUAUCUCUUAUAAUCAUAAUAUCUUACACAGUUCCCGUUACAAUUUUUAUAAAGUACAUAGUUGAAGAAAAAGAGAAGAAUUUACAAAUAGUCCUUAAAAACAUGGGAGCGCCUUAUGCAUUACAAUUAAUAUCAUGGGUUGUUGUUGCUUUCUUUCAACUGUUGUUAUCAUCCAUAAUAUUAGUGACUUUGAUUAAGAUACCAUGGAGUGACGGUAAUGGAAUUUUGCCUAAUAGCUCAUGGCUAGCAUUAUUGCUUGUUAUGAGCUUGUACAGCUUAGUUGCGGCAACCUUUUCAGUACUUUUAUCCAUAUUUUUCGUCAAAGCAAAAUAUGCUGUUAUAAUAACAGUUGCUUUAUGGAUUUUAACAUUUUUUCCUUAUGCAAGCCUUCUAAAUAAAUUGAAUCAUGAAAUUUUAACACGCAUAUUAAUUUUUCUAUUACCCAAUACUACAAUGGGUUUAAUCAUUGGUAACAUCCAAAAUUUAGAGGUAAACGACAUAGGCAUUCAGUUUAAGAACUAUUUUAGUUCGCAAACAUUGGAAAUACACUUCUCAAUCGGCAUUCUUAGUAUCACAAUGUUACUUCAAAGUAUAGUUCACAUGGUCAUGGCAAUAUAUAUUGACAUGCUGAUUCCUGACAAAACCGGCCGAGUAAAAAAGCUGAACCUUUUUUUAACGGAUGUAUUUAAAGGACGUCGUCCUGGUAGCUCAAUCCAGGAUACCACAAGGCCUGGUAGCUCAAAUCGAAGUAUUACAGUUAUUGAAGUUGAAACUCUCAAGCCACCAAUCCUCGAAAUAACUAAUUUGUGUAAAAAGUAUGAUAAUAAGUAUGUGGUACAAAAUGUUAAUAUGACUUUGUAUGAAAAUGACACUACCAUUCUUAUGGGUCAUAACGGCAGUGGCAAGAAAACUUUAUUAAAAAUGAUUGUGGGUUUAUUACAUCCAACUAGUGGAGAUAUGAAGAUAAAUGGUAUUGAAUGGACUGCAGAUAAAGGUUAUGAUGACAUUAGUUUUGCCAUAAAUGAUCAAAUAUUGUUUGGAAACUUAACUGUGCAAGAUCAAUUAACAUUUUUUUGCCGAAUGAAGGGUAUAGAGUACCCUAAAUGCAAAAUGCAAGUCAUAAAAUAUCUUAAAUCAACUCUACUCAAAAAUUAUUCAAAUUGUUAUACAGAUAACUUGACAUUAGGCUUAAAAAAUAUACUAGCUUUAUGUUGCGCGCUAAUUGGAGAUAGUAAAAUUAUUAUACUCUGUGAUCCCUUUGAAGGCCUUGAUAUACUUACUAGAAAAUAUAUGUUCAACUUGUUGUUAAAAGAACGAAUUGGUCGAACACUGCUGUUAUCAACAAAUUCCUAUGAUGUGGCGGAAACAUUUGGUAAUCGUAUGGCCAUUAUGGCUAAUGGAGAAAUCAAAUGUUCCGGCACUCCCAGUUUUCUGAAACGUGUUUAUUGCUAUGGAUAUUGCUUAAGAAUUCUUAUGGGAAAACUUUCAAAAAGUGACGAUAUAAAGAAAUUAUUACGAAAAUACAUAAUAAAUAUUGAACCAGAUUAUAUGCUUGGGAAUGAAAUAUCAUUUCUUCUAGAACAAAAAUACUCGUAUGUAUUUGAUGAUAUUUUCGAUGAAUUCGAAGAAAGAUGGAACGAACUGAAUAUUGUACAUUUGGAGGUUAACGAACAUUCUUUACGCGAUGUUUUUUUACAAUAUGGGGCAGAUGGUUCAAGUUAUGGCAAUUCUCUACGACAUCAUGAAAUUUUAAAUGGUAUUUCUAAAUACCUAGACCGCUCAAAUCCUGUUACGCUAUUUCAGACAUAUAAAACUCUUAAAGGGAGGAAACUUAUAUUAAAUCAUUGGAACGCAUACGUUUAUAAGCGUUUUAUACAUUUAAUACGUAGUCCAUUAAUAUUUGGUUCAAUUGUUAUCUUACCUAUUUUAUGUACAGUGAUGCCGUUCUCUCUACUACAAAUAAAAUUAAACAAUGAUGAUUUAAAGCCGAUGUCAUAUAGACUGCAACAAUACCAGCGUUCCGCAACUACAAUAGAAAUUUUACGGAAAACAGAUCCAAUGUCGGAAAGCUCGGAACUUGAAUAUCAACAGUUAGUAUUUUGGAGUUCAAAUCCACACCAAGUAGAAGUUAUUGAAACUCCAUUUGAAGAAUACCUAAUAAAGCAGGAAAAGUUAAAAGCAAGUAAAAUUAAUGAGCUUUACCUCGUUGCUGCUUCUUUCAAAAAAAACUACACUGCUUGGUUUAACAAUUACCCUCUUCACACCGUACCACUCUCAUUAAACUUAAUGCAUAAUGCAAUAGCGAGAGCAAUAUUGGGUAUUGAUUCAAGUAUUGAACUGAAUUUCCAACCUUUGCCAUUUACUAAUAAAUAUCAUGCAAUGAUGAUGCAUGUUCCACUGUCGCAUAAUAUGCUUUUACCGCUGUGUACAUCACUCUGCCUAUCGUUUGUUUGGUCAAUUUCAAUCAUAUUUACGAUCAGAGAAAAAAUAACAAACUUAAAAUUCCUACAGUUCAUUGCCGGUGCAAAAAAAGAUUCAUUUUUUUUAACUGGUUUAAUACUCGAUAUUCUGGUGGUAUUAGUAACAGGAAUUAUAACAGUCGCAACAAUGAUGGUCAUUGACCAAGAUCGAUUCAAUGAUACCGAUGUCAGAGAGUCAUAUUUUCUAACCAUAAUAGCUGGUGGAAUUUGCGUAACCUCAAUGAAUCAUGUCUUAGGAAGAUUCUUUAGAGAUCCAUAUUUAGCAUUCUGUGUUGUCAUCACAAUUCAUUUCUUUGGCAUAACGAAUUUCGCAAUUUACACUGAGGUUUUCUACAAAAAUCAUGAUGACGGAUUAAGUUAUAUAAACACUCUGGGAAGAAUACUUUAUAUAAUGCCUCUGUUCACACAAUGUAGCGCUAUGAGUACUAUUUUCUUUAUUAAUGACUUAAUAGUAAUGUGUUCGGAUCAAACUAUAUAUACAAUUUCAACAUAUGUUGAAAACUGUGAUUCAAUGCCAAACUGCUGCGUUGAAUAUAGUGUCUGGGAUGGCGUAUCUUCAAGCAUUUUUAUUCUAAUGGGCUUAACUAUAUUUUAUUGGAUUUUAAUGUAUUUAAUGGAAUAUAUGCAAACUUGUGAUUUAUUUAACUAUAAACAAAGAUCUAUGGAACAAAUAACAAGGUAA